CAAGGGCCCCCCCCAGUGCCGGCGGCGGCGCGCGCGCCCGGCACGCCCCUCCCCGCACCCCCACGAGGGCGCCAUGACCGAUAGAACGGACGAGAAGGUGCGGUUCGGCUUCCUGGCGCUGUUCGAGAAACAGCACUUGUGCGACGUGACCAUCGUCUCGCAGGACAGGAGGGAGAUCCAUUGCCACAAGGCCAUCCUCGCGUCGCAGUCCGAGUGGUUCAGCGGGCAGCUCGGAGGUGGGGCGCACGCCACGAUCAGCCUCGACCACAAGUACAAGGUCGUCAGGUGCUUGGUGCGAUUUAUGUACUUCGGUGGCAUCGACUCCGAGCUGAACCCAGAAGACGCCCUUGACCUGCUGCUGCUAGCCCAGGAGCUGCAGGUGCAGGCGCUCGACGAGGAGGACGUGGCGAAGUACAUGAAGGAGCCCUGCCUGACCCCGCAGAACAGCAUCGCCGCUCUCACGCACCACACCCUCGAGAGGUACCCGAGAAUGCAGGAGGAGAUCUGCAUGUACGUGGGUGACCACUUCUCGGACAUGCUGAACUCCAUGGAGAGCCAGCUGCUAGCCAUACCGCUGCAGAUGCUUGCCUCCGUGCUGAGGGCCGCGUGCCUCCGCUGCGCCACGGACGUCCAGGCGGACAGGAUCAUGCGUUUCUGCCUCGCGCACACGCAGCUCGACUCCGCCUGCGACCUGCUGCGCGAGACCAAGCAGUGGCGGUGGGGCGCCGUCGACGUCAACAACAUGCGCUCCCCGCCUGGCGAGGCCUUCUCUGAGGGAAGAGAGUGGAAGGUCGAUGGCGUGAGGGAGUCCAUGGAGGUCGCGCCGGCCAGGAUUGUGGAGGGCGUCUUCUUCGAUUGGUGCAUCAGGCUGGAUUACGGCGCGGAGGACCGCCUGCGCAUCGUCUACGAGAGCGCGACGCCGCGCGACGGCGCCCCGCGGUGCGUCAACCGCUUCCCCGCCGCCAUGUUCGCCUGGACGGUGAUGUUCCGGGGCCAGGACGUGUUCCAGGAGAAGCCCGUGUUCAUAUGCUUCCCCGAGAACGUGUCCCUGCACUGGUCGACCUCGCUGCCCGUGAGCGCCGCGGAGCUCAGCGACAGCGACGACCUGCGCAUCGAGGUCCGCAUGGCGGAGAACCCCAUGCUGUCGCUCAUCCUCUACCACUUCAGCAACGACCUCAAGACCACGGUCACCUCCGAGGACAUCCUGAAUCGCCUACCGCACAUCGAGUACCGCUGCCUCUCCUCGUAUUCCCUCGUCAAGACGCACGUCAGCCCCUGAGGUGCGGCCCCUGGCGCCUCCCUGCGCUCCUGCCCCCGCGCACCCCCGUUUGUCCACCGCCGACCCCCCUCCCCCUGCUGCAGCGCCGCGGCAGGCCGCUCCACCAGGAGUCGGGCCCCCGCGCGGCCCCCUCCCCCGGGGCGGCCGCGUCCGCCGCCGAGCGGGGUGCUGCCACAGGCGCCCCUGGGGGUCUGGCUCCACCGGCAGCCGCCGCCCCGGGCCGCGUUCGGCCCCGGGCUCGGCCGCGCCAGCGGGCUCCGGCGGCCACCGAACGCCCGGAGGGGCCAGCUCGGGGCGCCCCCGGGCCUCCCACGCGGAACAAGGGCCCGGCGCGCGCGCGGGUCGGCGGUGCGGGCGGGCGCCGGGCCUCCCGCGGGCUGGCGUGUGUGGAUAGGUGUGUAGGACGCGUGCACGCGUGAUGCACAUAUUCGGGAGGGGAA